UGUAUUAAUGAGGAAAUAUUUUGAGGAAAUAUUCCGCAAUUCAUUUAUACUUUUAUUAUUUCAUGGCUAUUGGAUGGGAGUUGAUUACAUCUUGUUGAAUUUAUCAUUAUUUAUAUCAUUGACAUUCCAUAAUAAAUUAUCGUAAAUCAAUUUAUACAAUUUGAGCAUCAUAGUAUUCCAAUUUUUCUAUUUAAUUCUUUAUAUAAUUAAUUACUUCAUAUAUUAUAUAUUAUAUAUAUAUAUAUAUAUAUUUAUAUAUGCACACAUGAUUGUGCGGGUUAAAAGAUAAAAUUUUCCUCAUUAUUGUUCCUUAAUUGUAUCAUAUAUGUACAAUACAUGUAACAUCGUUCUUUUUUUCUCAUCCAUUCGUCACUCACUUCGUCCGAUGAUAUCUGAAAACUCAAAUCUUCCAAAAGUAGAAUCCGAAAAAUAUGCAAUAGUUAAUUUAAUUAUUAUGUUUAUACUAUUAUAUUGGUUUAAUAACAAUUAAUUCGAGUAAGUAUAUCACAUGAAAUUUUUGAAAGGCCAAAAACAUGACAAGUACGUAAUACGAUGAAGAAAUAUUUUAAAGUACAAUUUAAAAAUAGAUAAAAAGAGAUAAUAGAAACAUGAAAAUAGAUUUGAUAUACAUAUGAAUAUGUAAAAUAUUUAAAAAGGGAGAAAGAGAGUUGUUCACGUAAUAAGAAUAUCAUAAAUUAAAACAUCGCAGCUCUUCAGUAUAUUUCUGAUAAAGGAGCCAAAGAUUUUCAAUGAUUUUUUUUUGUUUCCAGCCUUGACUAAUAAAAUAUGAAGAAAAAUGGCCAAGAAAUGUCAAUUUAUAUUACAUAAAGAUGUUUAGAAGAAUGUGUAUAUAUGUUCACUUAUGUUUAUAUAUGUAUGAAUAUAUAUACUCUUGUAACGAACCUUAUUCAUUUAUUCCUAAGACAGAAUUGUUUCGUUCUUUUGCUCUUGUAGAAUUUAAUUAUGCAUAAUUCUAUUUGAUAUUUCUCCUCGUAAAUCUUUGCAUAUUAUUUAUUCAGACAAUCGAAUGUAGUUUCGUAAGGGAGACAAAAAUCAAAGAAGUAUCGACCUUCCCUUUCCGAAUAUGUGAAUGUAGUUAGUAUAAUAAGCCUCGAGACGAUAAGAAAGAAAAAUUAUUUGUUGAUUUGUUCAAUUUGUAACAAAUCAUCAGUGAAUUUCAAUUAGGAUAUCCCUAAAUUUCUCACCUAAAGAUACAAAUAGUUCUUUUACUUAAAAAAGAAAUGGACGAUGACAUAGCUAGUCUUAAUUACGAUUGCAAUUAUAACCUUUACCUGGCCAAGCGCCUGGUCAUCGACAUGAAGAGAUUUCGCGGUAUUCCUUUUAAUUAUAUAGAUCAUCGAUUUAUUGAAAAUUUAUUUACUUAUUUCGCUUUAGAUCGGCAAAACGCAGUAAAGUGGUUACGUUUCUUGAUGAAUACCAACCACGAUAUUGCCGCAAUGCGACUUAGAAAUGAUUUUAUGCAUUAUUUAGUAUUGAAUCUUCAAGAAAGUCAAUUGAGGCCACCUUUCGACAAACCACCGCCUAUUAUCGAAUGUCUUAAGGAUAUAGCCAGAUUCAUAGUCAGUGUACCUGGCAAAAUCGACGUUACUGACGAUGCAUUGGACUCAUUAAUCAAUUUAGAGGAUCUGGCUGAAGAGAAAUCAAUGAUAAUGUCAUUAUCGCCAGACGAUGGUGCUUUUUUGACUUCUCAACCUGUACCUCAUCACGGUUCCUUUUGUUAUUUGGCUAUUACUACGAAGAAAAGGGAAAGCUAAGAAUAGGAAUCGUCGUUAUAUCAAUUUCUUCGAUAUAUCCUUUCAUUUUAUUCCCCCAUAACUUUUGUAUCUUCUUAUAAAGUAUAUUUUUUUUUAUAUACACAGAGGUAUAUGUUUUAUCUUUGAAUAUUUCAAAAAUAGCAUAGUUGUUUUAGAUUCAGUUUUUUGUUUUGUUUGUUUUUCUCUUUGCUCUUUGUAAUUUCCUUUAAAAUUGUAAUAUUUCUUUCUGUUAUUUCUAUAACUCGCUUAUACGAUUUUCUAUUUCUUUUUAUACGUUUAAAAAAUAUUUCAUCGAAUGUUAGUAGUCUUAUAAAAUGUAACUUUACGCUCCCUUUAAGCGAAUAUAAAUUGGAAAAUAUAUAACAACUCGGCCAAUUACAAAAAGCGUAUUGGUUUAUCUAGACACUAUAUGAUUAGCUUAUCAUUAGUUUGCUCAGCUUUUUUUUUCUCACACAGUAUCACAUUAUUAACAUAACAAUAAUGGCUAUGCUAAUAUAAUAGAAUAGAUUAGAUUUAGCAUAUGGUCUAUUAGGCUUCUUACCUAUAUACACGUUAUCUCAAUUUGCAAACACUAUGAAACAAUAAGAAAUAAAAUUAUCAGAUUGUAAUACCGGCGGAAUGAAAACAAAAGAUCAAAUAUUUUAUGGAUAUAUAGUGCCUUCGAUCUUUAUUCAUAGGCAUGCAAACAAUUCUGUGACUUUGGAAAAUAUGUGAAUUAUAUAUACACACACGAAAUAUAAAUAGUAAAGCGAUUAAAAACUUGCUUUGCAAUUGACUUAUGCCUUGUAUUCUUUCUCCAGAUUUAUAAAUAUUUAAAGAUUUAAAACAAAAUGAAUCCAAAUGGAGAUAAUCAAGUUGAAAAAGGAACCUCUAUAAAAUUCGUUGUAUUUGUUUCUUUGAUGAAAGACGUGAUAUUUAACAAGCACCGUCCCCGAAAAAUUGAUACAGUAAUAAAGUAUCAGUGUAUAACUUCAUACUCAUGCUUUCGAAACAGUGAUCAUAUUUAAAUAACAAAUUACUUGACAAGUUUUUAUGUACGUAAAUAUUCCAAAGUGAUAUUUGUAAAUUUGAUCAUUACAAUGACGGACGAUUAUACUUUGUAUUACUACUACGAAAAUGAAAAAUUGAUUGAAAAAUCUUUAUGAAUCCCUUCUAUUUCUUUAUGUUAUCUUAUAUCAGUUAUCUGGACGCUCUCACGUGUAGACGAAUGUCUAAAUAACUUGGGCAUAUAUCAAUAUAAAAUUAUCAUUUGCCAUUGAGAUAUGAUCAAUUUCUUUCGUAAUCAAUAUGUACAACACAUUAUCGAUUUUAUCGAUUUUCACGUAAACAAGCGACACAUCUAUCGUCGUUGCAUGCAAAAAACGAAAGUCGUGCAGCGUCAAUAUAGGAAUGGAGUAUAUUUGUUCAUUUAAUCCAAAAAAAAAAAAAAAAAAAAAAAAAAAAAAAAAAAAAAAACGACGCGACAUUUUUAGUCGCGUUAAUUAGAAAUAACAUUUAUAAGAUUACGUGCAGCUUGAUAAAUAUUAUAUAUCUAAAAUAAAUACUCAUUAAAGAGAACUAUAAGUUGGCAGAUGCAUGUUAUCAGCAUGUUAAUAUUAGGAAAUAUUUCAACGAUCAAUACUAAUUCUAAAUUCUUUUUUAUCGAAUAGAUACGAAUAUAAAUAUAAUAAAGAAAGUGGUUGUAAUUGUUACUUGACUUGACGGAAAAUUAUUUUGAAAUGUAUGUAUGUACAUGUAUGCAGAUAUAUAGUAUAAUGUAAAACACGUCAGAAAUUAGAUUAUAUACGCGGAAAUAUAUGAUAUGUAUAUAUAUAAUAUAGACUACGAAAUAUCGAAGAGUAAUAAUUUACACAGUGGUAUCGAAAUACAAAAAAGAAACAUGCAGAUCGAAGAAAAACUGCAGCAUGUUAUCUCGAAAGAUAAAUCCUUUCUUUUAUAUUGAGAAAAACUCUAUACGAUUUGAAAAGAUAUUUCUACACGAAUAUAAUACAAUAUAAUAUUGAUCAUCCGUGAAACAGCUCUACGAUGCUUCCAAUUGAGACUAAAUAUUUUUCUAGCAAGUAAAGAGGAUGGAAGAAACAUCUUUUAACGCGCGCGACAAAAUCCUAAAUAAAAUAGCAAAAUUCAUUUCAAUCGAAUAUCCCCCAAAAAAAAGGAAUUGAUAAGCAGACUACUUUCAAUCUAGAGAAAUUGAUAAAUAAAAAUACUUCAUCGAAGUAAGCCGUGUAAAAAAAAAAGAAAAAAAAAAAAAAAAGACAAAAAAUAAAAUAAGAAAAAAAAUUAGAAGAGAAACGGUAUUCUCCCGGGCGUUAAACCAACGACGUCUCGAUGUUACGUACAAAUUGGUGCUACGUCGGCACGAACCUGAACGAUGAAUAUAUCAAUUUGUACAUUGUACUCUUUCCCUCUCUUUCUCUCUUUUAUUCUCUUCUAAUCUAUAUCUGUAUUAAAAUCGCAGCCUAACGCUAAACUGUUUUGCUUUGUCUUUUUUUUUUCCGAUCGACGUGCUCCUGUACUUUGCACGACACAAAAGCCGAAGGUUUUUACGCACACGGUUAUCGUCCGUUUAUUAUUUCACACGACAAACUUCUUUGAGGAAGUAUACUUUUUAUAUAUAGUUUUCGAAUGAAAUAUUAUAUCGACCAAUUGGAAGAUCAAUUGAAUUCAAUUCAUGAAUAUCAACGAAUCGACACGCGUUAUACGAUAAUUUCUUCUAGUUUAGUAAAUCUGGAGUUACGCGGGAGAUGGACGGGUUAAGAAUGUUUAAUUGACGACUCCUUUCUCUAAUCGAUAAAUAGACUUGUAAGAAGAGUGGAUAGCGAAGAAAAACAGGAAAGAUAGAAAUAUGAGAAAUUGUUUAAACGAAGAGUAAAAGAAAGAUUUAGACAGAGUAGAUAAUAUAUAAGAUAUAUAGAAUGGAUAUAAGUGAAAGGAAAGCAAUGAUAGAUAGCAAGUCGAAUAGAUAGAAUAGAUAAUGUAUAAGAUAUAUAGGAUAUUCAAAAAGGACUUAAAUGAAAGGAAAGCAUUGAUAGAUAGCAAUUAGAAUAGAUAGAGUUAAAAAUAGGAAAGAUAUUAUAGAAUUUAGGAAUAUUGCGAUAGAUACAAGAUAAAUAGGAAAGCAUAAUAUAGGAUUAAUUAAUUAACAGAUACGAUAGAGAUAUGAGAAUCUAGAGAAAGAAGUGACGGAGAUUGAGAAAAAAGUAUCUAAAAGCAAGUAGUAAUAAAGACGAAAUAGACAAAAAGCUAGACAAAGAGAAAGCAAAGUAUCGAUUAUAGAAAAGAGCAAGUAUAGAAGAAAGUAGAGAUUCGUCAAAGAAAAUCCUCUUUUUUUUUUUCUUUUUUUUUUAUAUAAUAAUAAUAAUAAAUAUACAAAAUGUGAAUGUUGACUAUUGAAAUUGAUGGACAUAUUAAAGGGAAGAAUAGAAUUGGAAUGUUUUUUCAUUCUCUCGCGUGAUAGACUUUUUCGUAGAUAGAUAAAGGAGUCGAACAAAAAGAAGAGAAGCAAGAGCAAAUAGUUUUUGUAUAAAAGUUAGAGUGAACGAAAGGAUAGCAAAAUAGUAAAAAGCUGAAGGAAAAGAAAUGAAAGGAAAGAAAAAAUAUGAGACGAACUGUACGGCAGACAGACUUAUUCGUUCUCACGGAACAUUAGAGAUAGCGCAAGGACAGCAAACCUGCAAUUAAAUUCCCCUCUCUCUUUCCCUCUCUCUUUCUCUUUCUCUUUUCCUCUUUCUGACUCUAACUCUUUCCUAUCAUCAUAUAUUGUCCCCUACGUACAUACAUACAUAUAAAGCUACGUAGAUAGAGUUACGUAUAAGUGAAAAGGAAGUUAAAGCGCGGAACGAUUGGCUGGCUUGGCAAUUCUAAAAAUACAAAAGCAAAGCUCGCCUUCUGUUGAGGAUGCGAGGCGAGCACGGGGGUAUACCAAAGGGGCGACUUUGUUGAAAGUGCAACGACGAUUUUACGAAGUUUCAAGAGGCGUGGUAAAAGGGAUAAAUCGCUCGUGAUCUGCAUUCAUAACAAAUGCACCGUUGAAAUAUGAAAAGGAAAGACGUCUCGGACGUCGGCUAUCUCGCGCUUUUUAAAUAUUAAGUUAAAGGAGGUAUUACUCUCGCCCUCCUUUUUCUCCUACCAUGUCUUCUCUAGGCGAUCGUUAAACAGGCGCGCGCAUCUUGUCUUUACAUAGUUCGUCCGUACUGUGUCUAUAGACGCUCCGAGAGGGUAAAGUCUAUAGACUACGACGGAAGCUCGAAAGAUUGGAUUCUCGACUGUGCCAUAUAUCGUGUUAAAAGCGUAAAAGAGGAAGAGAAAAUUAAGACUGACCGCGAUCGCACGGAUCAAACAUUUCCAUUUCUACUUGAAAACGGAGAGAAAACGAAUCGACAACGACGAGGACAAUCGAAUCACUAAUUUUAUAUCCAGCGAUUUAUUUCACACGAUUACUCAUCGAUAAAAAAGAAAAAAAAAAGGUAAAUAUUCGUAAAAGAUUUGUUUUAUCCGUGCUUAAGAUUCUUAUUAAUUCGGUCACUUUUUCUUGUCUUUGUGCGACAUAACAGGCAUGUGUCUACUUUUUGUACGAUUUUUUGCUACCUUUCCUUUGCCCAUAAUUAUCGACAACUCGUCAUUGUACAUACCUUAAAUUGCAAGUAAAUUUUAGUGCACUGUUUCAUGAAAAAUAAUCGUCAUUAGAUUUAAUGCUUUUUCUGGAUGUUGUGCUUUUUAAAUCUGUCUAGAAUCCUAUCUAUUCAAAUACUUAUGUAUCUGUUUUCAAGCCUCUCAAACGUUUCUUGUCUGAAAGCUUUUUCCUCGACUAUCGCUUAAUGUUUUAUUUUGACAUUUUCUCUUCCCUUUUCUAACAAUACGUAUUAUUACCUCACAUGAGAUUAUUUCUUUUUUUGAUUUUUUGUCGUAACUAUUACUCGUCUGCGUAUUUUAUUUUCUCUUCUUCACAGAAAGAAUUUACAACUUUGAAUGUCUUUUUCAACUUUAAAGUGUAUACUCUUAAAUAUUUCUUUGUCACAUUAGAAUGAUAUUUUUAAAACGCUUAUUUGCCUUGAUAAUUUUUGAAUUCUCUUGAUAUCUUAUUUUCCAAUUUACCAUGUAUUAUAUUUUUUACCCAUAACUUGUUUUAGAAAAAUUACAAAUCUUCUUAUUUAUUCAUAUAAAAUCAAUCGCAUUAAAUAUUUUCAUCGAUUUAAGAAAUAGUGCAUUUUCUCAGCUUCAUUCAUGCUUAUUAGUUUAUUCCGAUGCAAUUUAAAUUAUUUUUCUAAACUUUAUAAUAAUCAUUUAUAUGUGAAUUUCAAACUUUUGUUUAUAGUCUCAUGUUAUUACCUUUUCCAGUGUUUUUGACUUGAAGAAAUACCUCACAAUUUUACAAAGAUAUUUUAAUAAUUCAUUAAAGAAAAGGACUGUAUUCUUCGAAAAUGGCUUCUCAUUUGACGAUCUUGAUCAUUGUUUUGACAAAAUUAUCGUCAUAGAAUUGUCUCCAAUUUGUUUAUCGAAUAUAUAGAGUUUUUCUUAUAACUCGUAAAGUGUAAUAAGUUAUUCGCAUAAACGGCUCAUUUAUCAUCAUCGCACACUUUUCUAAACGAUGUAUAAGUACUUGUAGAAAUAUAGAAUAUGAUGCUAACAUUUCUACAAAUAUAUAUUUACCAUCUUUAGAAUUCGUAGUGUGCUCAGCAGAGCCUGUUUAUCAAUCGACUAAUUACACUGCAAGAAAUUUUGUUUUCAAGAUAGUAAAAAUGUUACUAAAAUUACACGGAUAUUUUUCUAUACAUUUAAUUUUAUCUCUCAUAAAACAUCGUUAUAUCUUGUCACGAUAAACUACUAUAAUAUUUAUAAAUAGAAUUUGAUUCAUCAUAUUAGAAUAUAUAAAAGCAAUGAGAAGCAUUAAUAACACACGUUGCAUAAUACAUAGGAAAAGAAUUUAAAAAUUUGUAUCAUAGAAACGCUAUACCCGUAGUUUCAUUAAAAUUUUAAUAUUAUAAAAGUGAUGGAAAAAUUUUCAUUGUUGCGACAAAACGAUCAUCGUUAACUAAUUCUCUAUUUCUUUUGUAGGAAGAUGUGUGCUUGAAACCUCUAAGUUACUAUUAAAAAUUCAACAAACCAAUCCGAACGCAUGUAAGGACAGACAUGGUAGAGGUAAAAUAACAAGAGACGAUAAGAAAUAAGAAAUGUUACUUUUUAAAGCUCAUUAUAUUUUCUACUACGCGUUAUAUACUGUGAUUCUAUCAAAGGAACUUUGUAAAUGGAAAUAAAAAUUUUCAAUCAUACUUUCAGCUGUUCUUUAUGUUUGCGCAUUCCAACAUUAUUUUUUAAAUAGAUAUAUAUCCCACCUGAAGUUAGUUUUAGAUUCACUUUACGUUCAUUGCACGUUCAUAGGAAGUAUAUUUAUAAAAAAAAAAAAAAGAAAAAAAAAACUGCUUAUAUAGAUACGUAUAUUUUUGUUUUGUUUAAAUAAUUUCAAAAUAAAACUUUUCAUACCUUUAUUUCACCCAUUAAAAAUUUCAUCUUCCUCUGGAUCCCCUCAACGAUUUUGAUCAUAGGACGUGUACAAGCUUCAAUGAUACAUUUAUUACAUAUGUAAUAUUUGGGAGCGUAAAGUUCAAAUGUCUAUUUGUUUUAUAGGAAGGACGAUUGGUUGAAUAAUAAAUAAAUAAAAAAAUAAGAAUACUCGGUUAUUUAUAUCUGAUUUCACUUUAUUGUUUUUCUCAGCCAGUAAAAGAGUUUUGGAUUCUAGUUUUGAACGUAGCACACAUUGAUAUAUUUUUAUAUAAACAUAGCCGGAAACUCGUCUAUUUUAGUAAAAAUUUCAUGUAAAAUCUUUCAGGAGCGUACAAUAGAUUUGUAUUAAAGAGAUGAGAAUCAGUAUUAUGUAUAACACACACUGUAGUAGUAGAUACACAUCUACACGUUUCUAUAGACCUACGAGAUAAUUGGUAUCGCUAUAAAUAUUCUGGUUAUACACAUCGUACAAACGGUUAGUACCAAUCCCACAGUUAUAACAAAAUGAUGAUAAGAAUUCACGAUUAUCGUAUUCUAAACACAAGCAGCAAAAUGAUGUAUACUACCGUCAAGCCAUCAAGAUAUAUAAGAAAUCAUUGACGAUUAAAUCGCAAACUUUAUAGCUGAUAGUAAUUAUUGUUUCAUGUGUGCCUUAUUUGGUUUGUGUACAUUUAUAGAUAGAUAGAUAUAUACAUAUAAGUAUUUAUACAUAAGUAUAUAUAAAUUUACUUAUAUAUAUAUGUAUGUAUGUAUGUAUUAAUGUAUAAGCACGUCACGCAGUUGUCGUAUAACGAGCAACAUGUAUUUAAAAAGAUAGAUAGAUAUAUACAUACAAGUAUUUAUACAUAAGUAUAUAUAUAUAUAUAUAUAUAUAUAUAUAUAUAUAUAUAUACACGUAUGUAUUAAUGUAUAUGCAUGUUACGGAGUUGUACAACGAACAACAAACACACUACCGGGUUUUUUGUUCUUUUUCUUUUUUAUGAAAAAACAAAGUCGUUUUAUCCAGUAAUCCAACGAGACAUUUAAGAGUUUAUCUCUAGACGAAAAUACACCGAGCUUUUUCUGCUAAAGUCUAAUGCGAUAUUCGUGAGUUAUUCGUACAAGUAUAGUAUCAUAUGUUUGGAAUUAAUAUUACCAGUCGAUUAUGCAUAUGUUAAACUAAUCACUUAAUCCAGCCUAUCGUUACAACUAUUACCUUGUUGAACGAUAUUAUAAUAUUCUAUUUCGAAUGCUCUCUGUGUGCGUGCGUAUGUGUGUUUUGUGUGUGUGUGUGUGUGUGUUAUUCGAAGAAAUGCAAAAGCAAAGAUAUCAUCAUUACUUGAGAUCUUAUCAUGCAAUCAACCAGUGCUUCCCGCUUUUUUAUUUAGCAUAAAACGGGCGAAUGUUUUGAUGGGUAAACUUUCAAUAGUUUUUUUUUGUUUUUCUCGAACGGUAGAUAAGAUUUUAAAUGUUCGUUCCUAAAAGGAUACACAUUUGAUCGCUUUUUGUUUCUUUUAUCAGCGAAAAGAUAACGAGAAUGUUCUCGAUUAACGAGAAACUAUCUCCCCCAAUUGUCUCGGGACUGUUGUGCAGUUUUUAAGCAAUAUCGAAAGUCGCACUUGCCGCUAAUGGAUAUAGAUUUUCGCAGCACAAGGAGCAUCUUAAUAGAUAGUAGAUAUUAUCUUUUAGUAUACGACGAUAAUUGCUUUUAUAUUUCGUAACUAACGAAUAAAGAAAAUGUUAAACACUGUUUUCAUAAACUAACAAAUACACUCAUCAAACUCAUUAUUUUCUUUUUUUUUUUUUUUUCAUUUUUUUACUUUUUUUUUGGCGACGACUCCUCGUCCAUUUUCUUUGUUUUUCUCUCUCUCUCGACAUAACAUUAAAAGAAAAAGAUCUAUUGGAGAGUAAUGUUAGUAUUUUACGAUCAUCAAGCUGUCACACGUAUUCGCACCUAACUAAGGAAAUGCUCUUCCGUCCUCUUUUUCUUUUUUGUUUCAGAGAAGAAUUAUAUGCGCUACAUAUACCUAUAUUAUCUUAUCCAGUUUGCUAUUUUCUUAUCAAUUUACCGAUUAUUAUGAUCUUAAAUCGGUAGCCCGUUAAUAUGUCGCAAGGUGUUACCCGUUGACCUAAUUAUAAGAAAAUAGUCUUAGCGACUUGUUCGUAUAUCGAUAUGAUUAUUAACGUAUGAAAAAUUAGACAUCGAAACUCUUAACUCUCGAUUAGAGAGAAUAACCUAAAUAACAUGUAGAGCGUACUCUUACAUGCAUAGAAGAGUAAUACUCGGGAGCAUUGCCAAGUGAAGGUAAUCUAUGCGAUAAAGUGAAUUAGCUGGACGAUAUUCUAAAGGAUGAAACGAAGAGAAAAGGAUUGAUAACGACAGAGAUAAUUAUACGUAUGGUUUUAUAUGUGUAUAUAUAUAUAUGUUCUGCGAUACUAUUCCUCCAUAACGAGUAACUUUUAGACUUUCUCAGUAUUAAAAGCACGCGUCUUAUUCUUUUCUCUCUUCUUAUUUCCGUUUGUUUAUUUUUAUAUCAAAGGAUGAUAAAGAAAGUGAGACUCUUUUUCUCUUCUCUCUAGCACUUUUUCUCCUCUUUUAAAGGAAAAUUGAUAUUACGUAGCUUUACCACCAUGCUCGUCACUGUGUAUUUUUCAUUUUGUUUCCUCCCCGAUCUCUAUUCCGAUAUGUUUGUAUCAUUAACUUAAGAAUAGAGGAAAAAGCGAUGACACAAUGAAACAUCGUUUCUUAUUUUCUUCCAAAUUGGAGAAUACUGUCAUCGUGUCGUCCCUCGUAAGAUUCUUACUAACGUGUUGGAAGGCGGGGGAGGGGAGGGGAUAGAGAAACGAGAUCGAUCGAUACGACGACAGAUCGCGCGUAUCGAUUAAAUAUCCGUAGAUCGCAUGCUAUCUCAAAGGAUUAUCGAUGCAAUGCGUUGUUACUGACGUACGCGAGAGAAGCCAUUCGCGUUUCUAAAAAGGAACCCCAAAAUGAAAAACGACGUUGUCUGUCGAUGGAAUCAGAGUUGCGGGGGUGGUAGGUAGCUGACGCGGUACGUAUUUCUUCGCGACGAUUAGUAGGAAUGUAUUUUUAGAAGGGUAAGUCAGUCGGUAUACGCGUCACGUGACAUUUUAGGGAAACGUCAGGCGCCCGCCCCUUCUCUCCAUUUCGAAAGAUCGAGACGCGGACUAUUUAAGCUCCCAGCGCGCUUUUGCCGAUGCGAAUUAGAAAGUGAAAUCACAAUUUACUGGGACCCAUUGGGAUUCGUUCGACCGUCCAUAUCGUUUCUCUCUACUCAUCUUCCCAAGUGUUUAGAAUUCACCGUUCUGUCCAGAAAAGAAAGAACAGAAAAGCACGGUAGUACGAAC